GUUAUUUCCAUGGGAAAUUAGGCUUCUUGGGAAUUGUGGAAGUGAAGUGUUGCUUGGUUGGUUGUAGGUGUAGGAAAUUUGAUUUUCUGAGAAUUGUGGAAGAAGACAUGCCUUUCUUUUACUAUAAAUAUAAUGAUGAGGAAGAAGAAUAGCAACAAGUUGGUCGAUCUAUUCAGAAUUAAUAAAGUUGGAAAACAUACAGGAGAAUGCUAGAUAGCAUCUAUUUUUUCAUGGGGUGGUUGGAAAUUUGUUACCUACAAUUGCUUGGUAACCUUUUGAUCUGGGUUUUUUUUUUUUUUUUUUUGGGUUGUUUUUUAUUUUCUUUUUUGAGGUACGAUUUCUUUAUUUUAUCAGGCUACUUUUUUGUUUAAUCAGGUUGAUUUGGUGUUCAUUGCUUCCAAGUCCAAUGGUUCGAUGCGAUAUGCUGAGAUGAUGCUUGACCAGUUGAGUUUGCUGGCAACAAGAUCACCAUGACAUUGACAUAUGAACUUCUGAGUAUCUUGACACCUUUUCCUGUCGAGUUUUGUGCUUAAACUAAAUUGACCGUUUUGUUUCAUUUUUGCAUAUUGGAAGUGCUUCAGAUGAUGAGUUGCUGGCUUAUUUACUUGACCUGGCUCCUGUCCACGGACACAUUGCUAUGAAUCAAGGUGGCAAUCCGCCAAUAUUAUUCACUUAAUCGAGGAGGAAGCUACAAAAGAGCAAAUAAGUCUUUUAACCAGAGUUUGUUAUUAAUCAGAGUUUGUUAUUUUGCAUUUGUUACUUGCUUGCUGCGUGUGUUAGUCUGUUAGAGAAUCUAAGAGUUUUCUCAACAAAUAGGGAGUACACUGUGGCAGUAGAUUUCAUUCAGAAAAGUAUCUUGUGCUUGCACAAUUGGACAUUUCCCCUUCUUGAAUUGGGGCAUAGCUUGUAUUACCGAGUGACUUCCUCUCUUUAAUACAUUCAUAUCCUUGUCUUUUCUUCUAUAAUCUUCCAUUAUUACUGUUUUUUCUCGGUUCUGUGUUGGUUAUUUGUUUGGGUUCAUAUCACACAUCAAAUACUGUAAAAAGAGCUUUGGGAAAUUUCAUUGGCAUGAAAUGGAUUCAUCUGAUGAAUAUGGAGAUUGUUUGGUUAAAGCUUUGUUCCCGUCUUCCCCUUAUCAGCCUGACAUUCUUUUUUAUUUGGUUGGCGUGGAUGUGGAUGGGUGUAACCUUUGGGUAAGAAAUAUUAGUCUUUUUUGCUCUUGAUUUGUGACAGUGUGACCAUACCUUGCCUGAGGUUUUAAGUGUGAAUGAUGUCCAUAUGCUUAGGCAAUCUGUAUGAGGACAGCCUAUCCUGUGCUUUAUAAGUAUUUUGAUGGCUUAUUUUCAUCCUUGUACCUUGAGAUUUGAGAACUUUCAUUUCUCCUCCAAAUGAGUUUGUCACAUUAACACCCUUUAACAAUGAGCAAAGAUUGCAUUAUACAUCUUUUUUAUUUUAGCUAUAAUUGAUAACAUAAGGACAUAGAUACCUUUAUUAAUACUAAUAUAUCUGACUAUGUGAUGUAAUGUUCUUAUGUUUGCAGGGUCAUUCUGCUGGAAUAUUUAAUUUAUGAAAUACAUGCUACAUGAACUCCACUAUACAAUGCUUACAUUCAGUUCCUGAGCUGAAGUCUGCUUUAUUGGAGUAUUCACAGUCUGGAAGGAACAAUGAGUUAGAUCAGACUUCUCAUCUUUUGACAGUAGCAACCAAAGAUUUGUUUAGUGAGCUUGAUAAAAAUGCCAAUCAUGUGGCACCUAUGCAAUUUUGGAUGGUAUUACGUAAAAAGUCCCCUCAGUUUGACCAGCUGCAUAAUGGUUCUUUCAUGCAACAGGAUGCGGAGGGAUGUUGGACACAACUUUUGUACACCCUUUCUCAAUCUCUUAAGGCAUCCAGUACCAGGUAACAUGUUCUUUUUUUGCACAAUGGUAAGCUGUUAGAUUUGUCUUCUCGACAUUGGAUAAUUUUGUUCUUGGGUGUGAGUGUUUUGAUUUCAGUACAAUGUUGUUCUCUAUUUCUUAAUAUUGGCCUUUCAUUGUCACCUUCUUCCUUGAGGUUGGGAAGUGAGGACUUGAAAAGGAAGAUGUACUACUUUAUUGAAUUACAAAAAGAGAAGCGCUUUUCUUAUAGGUUUUUUUCUCCUUUUUUUGAUGAAUGAUAAAUUUUUCAUCUGUAGGAAUUUCUUUCUGAUAUACCUGUCUUAUUAGUAAAAUACAUAUACUUAUAAGUGCUUACUUAAAUAUCAAAUAAGGAUUGGUGUAGUCAUGCUUACACUCUUAUUCUUAUGUGCAUUGAAAGUCUGAGCACUGUGAAGCGCCUUUCUGGUGUUGACCUUGCUAGCAGGUAAUUCCGUUAUUACUUUGUCUCCACCUUUUUUUUAUUCAUUUAUUUAUUUGGCUGCAUAUGUUGUAUGAGUGCCUACACUCUACAUCGCUGUCUUAUUAAUAGAUUCCUAUUUCCAAGCCUUUUGAGCAAUGAGAUUUGUGUUUGCACUAUGCUACUGCUCUUUUUUUGUCUUCAUUUUUCUGUGUUGCCUAUCAAUGUAUCUAAUGGGUCUUCAUAACCAAGGGAUGCAAAAUUAUAGGGAAUAUCUAUUAAUAUGCUUUUUUAAAGAAGUUUUGAUGGGUAUAUUAUCAAAUUAUGUUGUUGACUACUUGACUUCUAUGGAACAUGAGUUUGCAACUCGGUCUGCCAUUAGGUUUUACUCAUAGAAUCUUUGGAAACCAAAAGUACGUCUUGGAGAGGCUGAGUUUGUGAAAUUUGAAUGAUUUUGUUGAUCUUGGAGAUCGGGUUUCAUCCAAGCUAAUAAAUGCUGGUAAUCGUUUUUCUACACGCAAUGAGUAAUGCUUGGAAUCAUUGGAUGACUGCUUUAAGCAAUGAGUAAUCCAAGCAAUUAGGUUUUGCAAAGUUGAAGGUAUGUUAUGGCCAUUGGAGGAAGUUGUUUGCGGGAACUCUCUAGGGGUUGUGUUGUUAGUUACCUAGAGUGGUGCAUAUAGGGGUCUGAGUGUCUAACGUGUACACAUUUAGAUGCUUUGGAUCCUUUUUGCUACAUUGCAGCUAAACAGACUUCUAUGUUCCUACACCUCCAAAACUAAAUCUGCCUAUUAUGCACUUUCUAAGGCACAUAAAAGAAUUGUGUCAAAAGAGCAUACCAAAGGAACAUGUAUGGAGAUAGAAAUCUUAAUGUAGUUUCAUUGUGUAUUCUGUAAUAGAAACUUAGAACGUAGUUUGGGCUAGCAGAGGAACUUCUCAGAUCAGUUUGUUGACAGUUGAUCUUUGUUUUGGUAAUAUGUCGAAUGCUGAUGGAGUUUUUAGCUCUGCAGGACUGUGCAGAGCAAACUUGUGUUCUUUACUCACCUAAGAAGAAAAUGGAAUGAGUUUCCUCUGAUGUAGUUCAUAUGGCCUUGACUCCUCUCCAACCUGUUGUGUUCUUUGGAUUUUUUUUCUUUUUUAUGACCUUGUUAUUUGGAUUUCACAAGAGGAUGAAUGUAACAGGUUUGUUUUGUGCUAAAGAAAUUAUACCAAGUAUAAAGGUUGGUAAAGGUGUUAAGUAGGUGUAUGAUUCUAUACGAAUAGAAAGCAGAAAUUCAAUAAUUCUAGGUGUUACGUAGGUGUA